AUGAGAGCACGUCGCCAUAAGGCAAAUGCCAGAGAGAGGCACCGAAUGCAUGGUUUAAAUGCUGCUUUAGAUAGACUUAGACGAUGUGUUCCAGUUCAACAAUGCCGUAAUAAUAGUCAACAAAAGUUGUCAAAGAUAGAAACACUUCGAUUGGCUCGCAACUAUAUAUCAGCUCUAUCACAGAUUUUGGUGGAAGGAAAAGGAAUGGAAGAAACUCGCUUCGUGAAUAUUUUGGCACAAGGACUUAGUCAAGCUACUGCAAACCUUUUAGCAAGUUCUCUGGGAUUAACACAAGGACAAUACCAAUGCUACAGUGGCCGAACAACAAGUGUACAGCAGCAUCCAGUGUUGGCCACAGUUUGGGGAAUGGGUGGCAUGCCAGGAGCUUGUUGCUUACAAUCAGACUUCACAAACCAGUAUCAACAGCAAAUUGUUGCUGAUAGCUUAAUAUGUAAUUCGACCUAUCAUGUUCAUAAUUCUCUUUCAAAUGACUACUGGGAAGAAAGUGAUGUUUCAUAUUCAAACCAUGAAUCAGUGCCACAGUUUCCGACUUGCCAACAGAAUUAUGAAACAUACCAUUAUUUAGGAAACUGGAAUCAUAACUGA